ACUCUCGAGACGCUUAGAUGUCAAAAAUGGGAAGCAAAACUGAAAAUACAGUAAUUGUUGCGGGGGAGGCUUCAGAAUCGGAUGACGAAGAUGAUACUUUGGUGGAAAAUAACCAAACAAAACAGACCCUGAGUGGUGCUCUGCCUGUGUCACCUGCCAGUCAGACAGCUGACCAGACAGGUGCUGUUGUGUCUGGAGAGGCGUCGGAGUCAGAUGAAGAGUAUGAAAUCAUCACGCAUGAACAGAGCGACCUACCUCCCCUGAAUGUUAAUCUGGCAGAGCAGGGUGACACAGAAGAAAGUGCCCCCACUUCACCACAGCUGCAACAGAACAUGCCUCCAAAGUCCAAGUAUAACUCACUCCUGAACAGAAAAUUGAGAGAGCGUAACAUUGCCCUGCGUCGUCACAUUGUCGAAACUAUCCAUCAGAAUUACACGAUAGCUGGCAAAGACAUCCACAACCUCACAUUGCAGCUGCAGAAGUCCCAUAUCGCCAUGCAGGAUGUUUCCCAUCACAUGAGAGAUACAACCAAUAACCUGUUUAACCUGGAAGACCGAGUGGACAUAGUCACUUCAUGUAAUCUGCUUCCCAACAUCAACAUGCCACAAAAAACCAUGGGGAUUACCGGGUCUAAUAUCAGUGUUCCUGGGGGAAAUACUGGAUCAGAACCAAACAUCAAUAUUCAAGCGGGAAACACAGAAGAAAUUAAUGCAGAAAGCUAAACGGUCUUUGAAAUCGGUUUAAAAAAGUUUGUGAUACUGUUACAAGUAGUGAUGGUCCAAUGAUUCGAUAUAUAAGCCAAUAAUCGAUGUUCGGCACAGUGCAAAACAUUACAGAUAAUCGAUAAUGAUUAUCUAUAAUAGAUUUUCAUAAGCUAUAUCAUUGUACCAUAAAAUACAUAUGUAUAAUAUCAAUUGUUGAGGCAUAACACCAUAUAUCCAAGUUAUAGCUAUGAUUGUACAAAAAAUAAUUAAUUUACUCCUUUUUCAUUUAAUACGUCAAACCCAUUUGAAAAUAUGUACGACAUAGAAGUUUUCAAAAUAAACACAAGUGAUAUUUUCAUACCAAUAGAAAUACACUUUCAAUUAUUUCAGAGAUGAUGAUGGAUUAUGGGUGUACAUUUAUUGAAUUAUUUGUCUGACUAUGAAACACAUGUAACAUGAUCAAUGUAUGGUGAAUUCUUUGUAAUAGUUAAGUAUGUAUGGAAAAAAUUGACAGCAAUUAAAUAUGGUUGAUAUUUUUUUGUAUUUCAUAUUAUACCAAAUAGCCAUACAGACAGACAGGCAGAUAGACAAUUUAUUUAUAUGAAAUAUGUCAACAUGUUAGUGAUAUUUACAAAUGAAUAUAUACACACAAAUAAAGUAAAACACAAAAAUGUAUAUUACGGUUCAUGGUAUGUUUAACACCCUCUAUAUCUCUGAUAGGUUGAACUAGUUAUGUUAAAUAACCGAUAUUACAUAUAUACAAUUUGUGUUAAUUUUUAUCAUGUACAACAAUUUCAUUGUUUAUUUUCAGUAGCACUCAUCAGUGUUACCUUUCACUGAAAUUCAAGGCAUCUUUCAAUACAAACAGUGCACACUCAUGUAUUUGAGGGUUAAAUUCCUUAAGAUGUUUAAAGUAAAUUUUAAAACUCAGUUUGUCUUGUGCUGAUGUAGCAUGACAUUACAGUAACUUGUACAUUCCUAUUAACAAGUUUAAAGUGUAAGUUUAGUUUAUUUUUGAUGAAUUUAAACACUGAUGAAAUGCAACCACACUUUCUACAAUAUCUACAAUGUGUGCAAUAUGUCUGUUAUAAAUAGUUUGUAAUAAAAUUUGUAUGAUACAUUUUAUUCAAUUAAAAAGUUUUUUACAGGA